GAGAGCAUUUAGAAAGUCAUUUACAACUUUGAUUGUUGCACAAAUUGAGUCUGACCUGCUCUUAAGUCACACUAAGAUAUAUUUAUACAGAAUUUUAAACAGACCUUAAACCAGUGCAACUUAUUCAUUCACAUGUUCUAUUUACCUCCAUCUUUUUUGUUCAAAUGUGUAUUUUCAGUCUUCAGUAAUUUUCCCUGUUCAUAAUCUUACGUGCAACAUAUUUUUUAUUUGAAUGUCAUUACACCUCCCUGUCGAUAGGGGUCGGUGAGGAAGUAGGCCUUCACCACAGUGCAAAGGAACAAAAGAAGAAGAAAUUGUAGUUAAAUAUGGCGCUAGCCGGUGUUUUCCUCGUGCGUUUUAGAAAGCUGUGUAGUUGUGUUAAAUGCGUUUACACCGUAGCUAAAACAUCUUCAAACUGGAGCACGGACAUGCGCUGGUAUGGGACCAAACCUCGACGCUUUCCGGAACAGGGCACCUCGUUUUUUCAAAAUAAAACAGGCAGUGAUGAUGAUGCUCCAAACCUCCUGAAGGAUUUUCCAGACCCUAAAGGUCUUCUGAACAACACAAUUUCAAGGUCACUUGGGGUCAGCGACCUGUCAGAGUACAUUCAGUACAGCUGUACGGAGCAUCAGGGCGUCAAGAAAGCCACAGUCACUCUUCUGUGGCCCUGCAAGAUCGAGAAGGAGGGUUUUGCCUCAAAGAAGACCAAUGCAGAGCGCCUUGCUGCAGCUGCUGCCUGUCUGGAGCUAAGAGAAAUUGGUGUGAUUGGUCCAAACAAUCAGCUUCCCAAGAGGAGAGCUGGCCGAGGAAGAGGAGAACAUCCUCUCCUUCAUGACCGAGAAGAUGACGUGUGGACAGAUGAUGUUUCUAGAACUUCAGCAGACGAAUCGUCGAUGACAAUAGAAGAUUCUCACAAGGUCUCUGAGGCUCUUUCCGUGUUUCCACAUCCGAAAUCUCUUCUGACCAGAGUCAUCCAGGUGGCCACAACAUCCAGCAGAGUCACGGAGCACAUGCAGUUCAGGACAUCAGGCGGGAAGCUGAAAAAAUGUGACCUGACUCUGUUUUGGCCCGAGAAGCUGGUGUUUACAGCCACAGCAAGCCGCCGCGUGACUGCAGAGAGGAAGGCUGCAGCGCUGGCCUGCAUGAAGCUUAAGGAGCUGGAGUUGCUGGAUAAAGAUAAUAAUCCACUGACUCAUGCCAAGUACCACCGCGAGAAGGUGAAGGAGGCAGGAGAGAGGGAGAGGCGUCCACUCCCACUAAAAAUCCCAGAAUACCUUGAGGAAAGCAUGAGAGAUUACCUUGCACAGUACCCUGUGGCAGCAGAGGUACAGAAUCUGUGGGAGGAGGAGGAAACACAAGGCCAGCAGACUGCAAAUCAGGAAGAAGAGGAGCUGGAUGAAGAUGACGUCCUAACGGACACCAUCACCGGCAGACGGUACAGACCUCUGUCGGAGCUCGAGGCUCAGCAGCGCAGCCUCCACCUGCUGAGGGAGUGGGAGCGUGCAAACCCGGGGCUAAGCGUGGAGCUGCCCGUGGACACGCACCGUCAGCGUGUGAUCUCGGCCGUGCGUUCUUCCCGCGUGGUCGUCAUCGCGGGCGAGACUGGAUGUGGCAAAACAACUCGGAUCCCCCGCUUCCUGCUGGAGGACGGUGUAAGCGAAGGGGCGGGUGCAGACUGCAACAUCCUGGUCACACAGCCCCGUCGGAUCAGCGCCGUGUCUGUGGCGCACCGCGUUGCUCAGGAGAUGGGUCCAGCGCUUAAACACCAUGUUGGAUAUCAGGUCCGACUGGAGAGCCGACCCCCGGAGCAAAGUGGCGGCGCCAUGCUUUUCCUCACAGUGGGAGUCCUGCUGAAGAAGCUGCAGUCAAAUCCAACCCUGAGGGGAAUCAGUCACGUGGUGGUGGACGAGGUCCACGAGAGAGACAUAAACACUGACCUGCUGCUGGCCUUACUGCGGUCGGCCUUGAAGGAAAACCACGACCUGCGAGUUGUGCUGAUGAGUGCCACCGGAGACAACCAGAGGCUGGCUGAGUACUUUGGAGGAAGCCCCAUCGUGAAAGUACCGGGGUUCAUGCACCCAGUGAAGGACAGAUUUUUGGAGGAUGUGCUGAAGGAGAUGAGACAUCCUCCUGUUAACCAAAAUGCUUCAAAGAUGAACAAAGAGGGAGUACAUGAGGCCACACCAGAUCUGGAUUUAGUAGCUGACGUUAUUGAACACAUCGACAGAAAUGGGGACGCUGGUGCAGUGCUGUGCUUCCUGCCUGGAUGGCAGGACAUCCGAGCCGUUCAAGACAAACUGGAGGCGAGGCCUCACUUCUCCUCAGGAUCACACAUGAUUCUGCCAUUGCACUCCAGUUUAUCGGUGCCUGACCAGCAGAGGGUGUUCCAGCGCCCCCCGGAGGGACGGCGAAAGAUUGUGCUCGCCACCAACAUAGCGGAGACCUCCAUCACCAUAGACGACAUCGUUCAUGUGGUGGAUGCUGGGACUCAUAAAGAGCAGAACUACGACGCCCGCACAAAGGUGUCCUGUCUGGAUACAGUUUGGAUAUCGCGCUCCAACGUGACCCAGAGGAAAGGCAGAGCAGGGCGAUGUCAGCCCGGACAAUCCUACCACCUGUUUCCAAGAAAACAGCUGGAGUCCAUGUCUCCCUUCCCGGUUCCUGAGAUCCUGCGCACCCCCCUGGAGAGUUUGGUGCUGCAGGCUAAAAUCCACAGUCCUAACUGCAAGGCCGUGGAUUUCUUAUCUCAAGUGUUAGACAGUCCAGAUAAAGAUGCUGUGAGAGACGCUGUGCAAACACUACAAGACAUAGGAGUCCUGGACAAGACUGAAAGCUUGACUCCUUUGGGGGAGCGUGUCGCCUGCAUGUCAUGUGACCCGCGGCUGGGCAAAGUUCUGGUUCUGAGCGCCAUGUUCAGGUGUGUUCUGCCCAUGCUGUGCGUAGCUGCAUGCCUCACCAGGGACCCUUUUCACAACAGCAUGCAGAACAGAGCACCUGUCAGGCAGGCCAAGGAGGCUCUGAGCCGCUCCAGCUACAGUGAUUAUCUGGUGUUCAGCAGAGCAGUUUUGGGCUGGAGGAAAGUUCAGCUGGAAGGGGACAGAGAGGACAGAGACUCAUACCUGGAAAACUACACUCUGUCCAGAGGAAGUCUCCGCUUCAUCAACGGCCUGAUGUCUCAGUUCAGUGAGAACCUGCUUGAAGCAGGCCUGGUUUCUCGUGCCAGCGAGUGCCAGCGUCCCUCUUCUCUCUACAACGAGCACAGCAGCCAGAACGAGCUGCUUAAAGCUGUGCUGCUGGCUGGACUUUAUCCCAACCUCAUCCAGGUAAAGAAGGGCGUGGUAACCAAAGGAGGGCGGUUUCGACCCAACAACUUGUCUUUCCGCACACUCAGUGGACCGGUGUUGCUGCAUCGCUCUUCUGUGAACAGGGGAAAGGAGGAUCUCCCCAGUCGUUGGUUGACGUUCUUCAGUGCUGUCAAGUCUAACGGGAAUGUUUUUAUCAGGGAUUGUUCUUCUGUCCAUUCUCUCGCCCUGCUGCUCUUCACAGACUGUGAUCUAACAGAGACAGUGAAUGGGGACCGAGUGGAGGUGUCUUUUCCCGGACACUCGCUGAUGCGCCUGGAGCUGUCAGUGGACACUUGGGAGCUGCUCUGGGAGCUCCGCACCUCCGUUCAGACCAUGCUGUACCGAAACCUCAACAGCCCCAGCGACGCAAGGACUUCUCAAGACGGAAAACUUCUGUCCCUAAUAGUAGAGCUGCUCAACAACACGGAUUCAGACCAUCUUCAUCAAGGACUGAGCAGAGAAGAUGAGGUGGACUGAACAACGUUUUAGACGUGCUUAUGUUGUUGCUUUAAAACUGAACCAAUGAGGAUGAUUUGUUUUGAAAGCACUUUUGAUCAUCAAUGCAAAUUCUUUUUUGCAGUCUUCUUCUUUGCUGUCCCUGUAAAUGUUCAAAUGUUUGUUUUGUAAUAAGUUCAGAUUUUCAGAAAGAAAUUAGAUUCUACUCCUGUAAGUAAAUAUGAGUUUCAUUGCGCUAAAUUCUCUUAUUUAUUGCAAUAAAUGCAUCUGAUUUAUUAGAAUG